AUGGACGAGAAAACACCCCCGAUCGUCAAUGAUGCAUCUUUUCAAAAGUCCAAGUCAUCUCAGCGUAAUUGGGGCAACUGGGGCUUGGUCAUUUGCACGCUGCUGGCCGGUGGCUGGUUCUUCGGGCCGCAUUGUAACCACACACGCGUGCUCACCAUCGAAGAGCGAGUACACAAUAUCCUGACUCAGACUCCUUUAAUCGACGGUCAUGAUGAUUUCCCCAUCUUUAUUCGGAUGUUCUAUCACAACCACAUCCACGAGUCCAAUUUUACCAAGUCCUUCGUCGAGGGCACUCUAGGUGGUCAUGUGGACCUGCCUCGUCUCAAGGACGGACAAGUCGGGGGCACCUUUUGGAGCGUCUAUGUGCCUUGCCCCGCCGAGUGGUCCGACUUUUCCGAUGAGAACUAUGCGGCGAGUGUUCGUAUGACCGCGGAGCAGGUUGAUGUUAUGAAGCGCGUUCAACAGGCCUAUCCAGACGUCUUCUCCGCGCCUCCCAACGGCACCACAGCUUUGAGCGCUUUCCAGAAGGGCAAGAUCAUCUCACCUCUAGGUAUCGAGGGCCUCCAUUCCGUGGGCAACUCAUUCGCUCAUCUCCGCAUGUUCUACGAAUUGGGUGUCUCUUAUGCGACUCUUACUCACAACUGUCAUAAUCGCUAUGCCGACGCCGCACUGGUCGAGCAACCGGACGGCAGUAUCCGCAAGGCGGAUCCUCUGUGGCACGGCGUGAGCCCAAUGGGCGAGAAAAUGGUGUAUGAAAUGAAUCGACUUGGAAUGAUCGUUGAUUUGGCCCAUGUGAGUGAAGACACUAUGCGGGAUGUGCUGGGAUCUGGUAAGAACAACUGGACCGGCAGUCGUGCUCCGGUCAUUUUCAGUCACAGCUCGGCUCAGGCCCUGUGUCCCCAUCCGCGAAAUGUGCCGGACGAUAUUUUGCAAUUGGUCCGGGAACGAAACUCGAUCGUCAUGGUGAACUUUGCGCCCGACUUUAUCUCCUGCUCAGCAUCCGAUCGCGAUGACGGUCUGCCAGACCUGGACGUGGAUCACGCUACGUUGGAACGAGUUGCAGAUCACAUCAUCCACAUUGGAAAUGUCGCGGGCUUUGACUCUGUCGGUCUAGGAAGCGAUUUCGAUGGCAUUCCCUCGGUGCCGCAGGGGUUAGACGAUGUAUCGAAAUUUCCAGCUCUGAUGGCUGAGCUUCUACGCCGGGGAUUGAGUGAUGAAGAAGCAGCCAAGGUGGCUGGAGGCAACCUUCUGCGAGUGUGGCGAGAGGUUGAUCGGGUUGCUCUCGCCAUGCAGGCCGAAGGUGCUCUGCCCGCGGAGGACUAG